AUGGCACCGGAUACACAUCCCCACGUCUCCGCAAACCCUUCCUCCACUUCCGACAAAGAAAGCGACAAUGACAACGCAAGCACAGACACCGCGAAACCAGAGUCCCAAGCAACAGAACCCAGCUCUAGGACCAGCACAACCCUCUCAGCCCAACUGAAUCAAGAAUGUAAACAUCUACUCUCCCAGAUCGAUACCUACCAAUCCCUCCUCGCGUCCACGCUACGGAACCCACAGCUCGUCGAGGUGCGCCAAUUCCGCUCCAGCGUAGCCUCCGAGCUGAAAAUGCUAGAGAAGCUAGGCCGGCAGAUUGAGGAGGCAAUUGGAGACACAUCACCAGGAUCAGAAACAAGUCGAAUGGAAGAUGGGGUGACGGUGUCGCGUGACCCCGAUUUGGAAAUGCGGCUGGUGCAUGCGCUUCGCUCGUCGAACUUGCCGUUCUACCAGGCUGUCUGGGGAAUCGCGAGCGGGUCUUGUUCUGGGUUGGUUGCGCUGGGGAAAAGGUUUUACUGGGAUGGGGAGACGAAGGCGUCGGAGAGGAAGAGUGUUAGUGGGAAGGGGAAGGGGAAGGAUGGUCCUGCUCAGCCGGAGAAAAAGCCUAACAGAGAUAAGCGCAAGAGUGUGUUUGUGGAUAUUGUGGCUGAUGAUGGGGAGGAGUGGGUGAAGGUGUCUACUAUAUCGGAGAAUCGGCUUCUGUUCGAGAUGGCGAAGAAGGGCUGGGAGGGUGAUAGUGAUGAUGAGUGGUCUGAUGGGGGUAAAGGGCGGACUGUUUUGCAGAAUUUUGAUGAUGAUGGGGAUGGGGAUGAUGAUGAUGAUGAGUUGGAGCUUAUUAAGUUGGCUCGGGAUCUAAGGAAGGCUUCUGAUGCUACGCGCGUUAGAUAUAGACAUCCUCGGCUACGGGUUGUUAUACCUAAGAUCGAAGAGGGAAGUGUUCCUGAAAUUGACGCUGUCUUGAACGAGAUGCGGAGCUAUGGUAUUCGGGUUGACUGCCAGGGGAGUCUGCCAGCAGAGACUCGUACCGGGCUAGCCCAUCUCCUGCCUCAACCAUUCAAAAACUUCACUUCGACUCUGAAUGUCGACUGCACUUUACUUCUUGCCUUGGUAUCUGACUUAGCCAUCGUUCGACAAAUAGAAGUGGAGCGGGAAAAACCACUGCUCACUUCGGAGCUCUGGCCGGCUAUGGAUGGCCGUGGGCUCGUAUCCACCACAGAGGCUGCAGUGCGCUUCCAGGAAAUCGUCGAAACCAUUGGGACAGAGACGGAGAAGAGCCGAACUCGCAUGUUGCUGGGAGACCCACCAUACGAACAACUUGAUCGUGAAGCUAUUCUCCAGAAGUUCCAAGAAUUGUCUGAUUACCAGGUGCCCGCAGAUUGGAAACUCCCCAUCGAAGUGGUUGAAGCCCAGCGAGUGAUCGAUGCGGCCAAAACACAGGGUAAACUUCAUCCAGUGGUACAUGAAGUCGGGAAAGGCCUGUCGGAUAUCAACCAUAGCGUGUUUUUGUACGGUUGGGUAACCGGUUUGACGACCAUUUCCAGCAAUCGCACAAUCGACAAGCAAAUCGAAGCCACCAUCGAGGAAAAUCGGAAAGGCGAUGACAGCCUAGAAGGCCCUGACGUUUGGAUUUGUGACACAGCACGAAGUUUGGUGGGCAAAGACAAAGAUCGAAAAGCAUAA